AUGGAAAGCGCUGUCACGCAGAUCGGGUGGGACGAGGCUUCAUACCUUUGGGAGAUCAGAGACUUCAUGGAUCUUCGUGAAAUGGCGAAGGAAGACCCAUCCUGCUCUGCGAGCCGGCUUGAGAGUCCUGUGUUCAAGUGUUUCUCUCUCUGGCUGUUCCCCAACGGUCAGGAACAGCACGAGUCUGUUGGCCUCAUAGACCUCGCUAUCAUGUUUAAAGGAAAGAGGGGGUCUGUCCGGGCGAAAUGGACAGCUUGUUUCCUUGAUGCGAAAGGAGAACUGAUCCCUCGCACCCGACUGGCUGACCCUUUAAAGAAAUACUGCCCAGGAGGUGACGGCCGCCGUUUCUCUUACGCGCCCUCGUUAGACACUCUCCAGUCAUGGCUUCAUAACGGCACACUUCGCAUUUAUUGUCAAGCCUUUAUUGCGCUGGACUGCAAGUCGGCCCACGUGCCGAUCCCCCCUGUAAUUGCACAAGUGCCACCUCAACGGCUGAAGGCGGACAUUAUUCACUACGCCCUUCAAGCUGACUCGCAUGACGUCCGCGUGUGGUGCUGCAAUUCCGUUACAAGUUGUUGCCGCUUCCUUCUGGCAGCUCGCUCCCCAGUACUGCGCAAAAUGCUCAACGGGCCGUUUCGGGAGGCCGACGCGCCGGACAUCCAUCUGACAGACAUUUGCCCGUUUGCCGCUCACCAAAUGCUUCUUUUCAUUCAUACUGACGCCUGCGAACUACUUGAAAAGCUGAAGCCAACGUGCACGCUUGAAGAAAAAAGGCAACGGCAAGAAGCCCUUAUGGCCCUCCUUUCUGCCGCAGACAAAUACGAUAUUCAGGGUUUGAAGGACGAAUGUGAGCAGCAGCUGGCAAAUCUGGUGGACGAGGAGUCUGUCCUCGAGGUUUUGUUGUUUGCCCAAUCACGGAACUUUAAUCGACUGCUAGAAGCAGCUAUUACAAGGGAUGCCCGCUCUGCGCCUGUGGAAAACUUGGCAGAAUAG